AUGGCAGAUGGCGGCGGAACUAACGAAAUGAUGCAAGCUUUGCUGGAGCAAAACCGGCGGUUAUUGGAGCUUAUCGAGAGGAAGCCUGAAGCGUUCCACGUUAUGGCGGACCUAAAUAAGGCUAUCCUGGAUUUCGACGGCGAGGGCUCAUGCCAAGAAGCCGGGGCGUGGUUGAAGAGUAUCGAUUCCAUGGCGGUCCUGCACGGCUGGCCGGACAGCUUCAGGCUCUUGCAUGGAUAUCAACCAAGGAUGCAGGAUGGUAUCCUCAGAUGGCUGAACACUGAGAAUAACGAGUGGGUCUGCCCGGAGCAACUUCAAGAGAUGGCUCAAAAGGACGUAGCGAGCCAGCAAGCAAGGUCGAAGCAGUACUUCGACAAGCGUCACUUCACAGCGGACAAGUUGAGUGUUGUAGACAUAGUGGUCAUGCGCUGCGUUCCAGAGCACACUGGUGCCCCAACAAAAACCCAGAAGAAGUUCAGAGGUCCACUCACUGUGAUAGAAGUACUUCCAGCAGACACCUACAGAGUGACCGAGAUGAACGGAAGGAAAAGGGUCUACUCGACAACUGCCCACAUCAGCCAACUGAAGAGAUGGGAUGGAAGAUGCCAGGAACAGUUCGACCAGUCAAGCUCCGACGAGGAAGAAAGCGUGCCGAGACGUAGCACACGUGUGUCCAAAAGACCUGCGUAUCUUCGGGACCACACCACAUGA